AUGCUGCACUGGAAGACGGCCGGGGCAGCAAUCGACGCCUACGUCGCCGACCGGCACUACCAGCGCUGCCUCGCGACGCUGAUCCCGUCCCUCUCGGACGUCGACCGCGCCGUCGCCGACUCGACGUCUCUGCUCGCCGCCACCGUCGUCCUCCGCAUGCUCGAGGAAAUGGACGUCCACAUCGCCGGCGCCGACUCGCGCGGCCACGUCCACCUCACCGGCAGCCAGGCCAUCAUCCGCGCCGCCACCAGCACCACCGGCACUGGCACCAGCACGCGCACCACCCCCGCCGGCUUGCGCAGAGCAGCCUACUGGUCCGCCUUCCGGCAGGAGGUCUGGAUCGCCCCGCGUUCGCGCCCGCCCCGGACUGGGUGUGGUGCGAGCGCGCGAUCGCGCAUUGCGGCGCCGCCGUGA